UUCGAAAGGAACCCGUUGAUUAUCAACUUCUUCCUCUGUCAGGUCGUUUUCCCAAAAGAAGCCAAGACAUUUCCUCAAAAACUCUCCGCAUCCGGUUGGAACAUCGCCGAACGAAGGCAACACAUAACAACGGGUCUUAGUGGCACCAAUGACAACCGCUAUCUUCUCCCCACUUCUAUUGAACAGGAUGACAUCCCUGCGCAAUUGAGUACAAAUGCUAAGGUGUUGAAUAUGAUCCUCCAGCCUGAGAACGAUCACUACCAAAGUGCAGCGAGUAGCAAGUUUCUGGACCUCAUCGUCAAGGAGACCCCUUAAAUCCGAGUUUUGUUGGAUGUGGGCGCUCAGAUGUUAGAGUACUCCAAUAAGGAAUUGGCAUCGAUAUGGCUUUCGCAAAUCUCUGCAGUGGAUAUAGAUGCUGUGAUCUUCUUCUCCGAAGAUGACGAAAUCCUCGUUAUUAGGCGUGAUGGAGUGACGGAACCGUUCAUCUCAUCGUCAUACAGACACCAGCUUGAUCGCUGUCUUGUGCACCUGGACGAUUCCCAUACAAGAGGCACAGUUGCCCGCCGAUUAUCGUGCCGCACUUACACUAGGUCCGAAAGUGACAAAGGAUAGACUAAUUCAAGGAUGUAUGCGAAUGCGCAGGCUGGGUAAGGGACAAUCUGUCUUAUUUCUCGCCCCUCCAGAUGUGGAUCGCAAAAUUCGCAAGCUCUCCAAAAAGAUCCACGG